AUGGGUACAAAUGAGGAACCAAUUCUCUCCAGGAUUGAUCGUUUGGACAAUUUGUUGAGGCAAUUGGAGGAAAUUAGAGGGUGCAAUCGAUCUCCAAAGAGCUCGUGUGCAUCCACUCCAAAAAGCGGAAGUGAUGGACGCGUGUCAUCCAUCGAUUUCUCCCCAAAGAGCUUGGAGAAGCACUGCCGUCCGAUGGAGAAAGUGAUGAUGGAGAUCGAAGUCAAAGGCACGAUGAUCGAGAGGCUCAAUCAAAUGGAGGAUCGAUUGCUAAAGGUAGAGGAAGAAUGGACGACAGCAAAGAGGAAGAAAAUGAAUAGCCCAAAGGGAGGUUUUAAACAGCUUGUGAAGCAAUGUGUGAGAGCAAGAGGAAGACAUGCCAACAAAGAACCAUAA